UGGACUCACUUGACAAUCAAAUCUUGAAUGAUUUUACUCAAAAAGGAAGAAAAGUAAAAAUCAAUCUCCAAAGUCCAAAUCGAAGCAGCAGCGAAGGCAAGCGUUGGCUUAGCUGAGCUUCUUGUUCCCGCUUGAGAGUGGAGAGAGAGCAAAUGAGUUUGGGCAAGCAAUCGCAACCACACUCACAGUCGUCUUCUCCGAUGUUGUUCUCUUUACAGGGAUCGCUAUUGACUCUCGCCAUCUUCACCUUGCUUUCCUUCACCUACUUCUCUCUCAAUUCCGUCCAUUUCUCCUCCUCCCCCACCAUUCACAUCUCGGCCGAUACAAAUGAGCAGUUUUCCGAUAUCUACCACUCGCCGGAGGUGUUUCGGUUGAAUUUCGCCGAGAUGGAAGCCAAAUUCAAGGUCUAUAUAUACCCCGACGGCGAUCCAAAGACGUAUUACCAGACGCCCAGGAAGCUCACUGGCAAGUACGCCAGCGAGGGCUACUUCUUCCAGAAUAUCAGAGAGAGUCGGUUCCGUACGGACGAUCCGGAUCAAGCUCACCUCUUCUUCAUCCCUAUCUCCUGCCACAAGAUGCGAGGCAAGAAUACAACUUAUGACGAAAUGACCGUGAUUGUUCGGGACUAUGUGGAGAGCUUGAUAUUCAAGUAUCCUUACUGGAACCGAACCCUGGGUGCGGACCACUUCUUUGUCACGUGUCAUGAUGUUGGGGUGAGGGCAACGGAAGGAUUUCCACUUCUUGUAAAGAAUUCGAUUCGAGUUGUGUGCUCCCCUAGCUAUGACGUUGGCUUCAUUCCACACAAAGAUGUUGCCCUUCCUCAAGUACUCCAGCCAUUUGCUCUUCCAGCCGGAGGAAACGAUGUGGAAAACAGGACAACCCUCGGUUUUUGGGCCGGUCAUCGGAACUCCAAAAUUAGAGUUAUACUGGCACGAGUAUGGGAGAAUGACACAGAACUUUACAUAUUGAACAACAGAAUAAAUAGGGCUGAAGGGAAUUUGUUAUAUCAAAAGAAAUUUUACAAUACCAAGUUCUGCAUAUGUCCUGGCGGUUCCCAGGUCAACAGCGCUCGUAUAACUGACUCAAUCCAUUAUGGAUGUAUUCCUGUAAUAUUAUCAAAUUACUAUGACCUGCCGUUCAAUGACAUUCUUGAUUGGCGAAAAUUUGCUGUCAUACUUACUGAGAAGGAUGUGUAUAACCUUAAACAAAGUCUUAAGGAUAUACCAUAUUCAGAGUUUCUUACACUUCACAAAAACUUGGUUAAGGUCCAGCAACACUUCCAGUGGAAUUCACCGCCCGUCAAAUAUGAUGCAUUCCACAUGGUCAUGUACGAUCUUUGGUUGCGCCACCAUGUUAUCAAAUACUGAUCUUGCCAGUUAACAUUUUGUACACUUUCUGGCUAGCAAAUCGAAGGCUUGUAAAUCAGCACAUACAGUAGUCUCAUCCUUCUCCCUGAUCUUUGAUGAAGGAAUUAAAAAUACAGGUAACCAAACAAUCUUACUAUUUGUUCGUUCUUUAUAUGGAGAUAUUCCCUCUUUGUACCUAUCAUCAUUGUUUGGUUCUGUACUUUCUUGUUUUAAUAGAAAACCAAGAGGAAUAUUCUUUGUUAUUGGACUAGGUAUUAUACCACUAUUUGGCCUCUAGAUUUGGAUGAAGCAAUUAGGGUUGCAUAAAUUGCAGUUCUGGUUACAUUUUUUGA